AUUUCUGUGGCUGAAGACACCCUGAACAACCGCAGCACAGGAGUUAUAUUUAGCCGCUUUUUAAUAGCCUGUAACCGCCGCUUCCUGCAGCCUCCUGCAGCCUCCUGCUCUGCCGUGGAAGACAGUGCGGUUGUAUUUUGACAUUUUCCCGCUCUCGUAGUGUUAACUGUCGCCACGGCGGCAGACGCUCGAUACACAGCGAGCGAAAUGUCACGUCGAUUUAACCUUCUGCGGCACACAGUACCGACAAACAUCGUUAAUUAAGCGGUUGUCGCUAAAUAUCUUGUGUUUUACCUAUUUUGGGUCGAAGUAGCAUCAUUGUCGCUAAAUAGCAUCAUAAAAAGGGUUCAUGUUACCGUUGGCUGAUUGAGGGCACUGACAGACUCUGAACACACACAACAACAAAAAAAUCAAAAUGAGUUACUUUGCACCUUCCUGCGGUGAUUUUAAUGAAAGCAUUUCAAACUGACGAAGAGAGACGGGAAUGGUGUGUUCUUCCUGCGAUGGCAUUUAUGAAAACGCGUGCGUGAAAAGCAGGAGUGAACGGAGUGCAGCCCUGUCUGGUGGAGAGUGGACAGUCUCACCCCAGCGAUGUUCUGGCUUCGAGUCGCGCUGUGAAAGAUUAGCCGAGGAUCGAAGCGUAUCCUCGCUAGCAGAAUACCGCCGGCUCGUUUGCUUGUCGCUUGACAUGGAAGAGAUUGCAGGGUCGAAGAUUUAUUUAGCGUUUACCGUGCUGUUGUGGAAGAAUAAAUUAAACAUAAUUUACCGCUUUAGCGCGCUUCAAGUAAACGAACAGACCCCUGAAUCAGUAUGCCCUCUGCCUUUUCGAAUCAUUCAACAGGAAAGGAACAUUCGUCCUUGCAUGAAAUUCUGCUCCUGGCAGUUCUGACAGUUUGCUCGGGAAGAGCUUUUCGCCCCAGAGUGAGCACCGUGGGGCUCCCCAAAGUGUCUUGCCGUACCCCUCUGUGUAUAGAGCUCUUGUGUGUGUCAGCGCGGCGUAGUGCGGAAACGUAUUGGAUUGCGGGCCAGUUUCUGUGGGAAUGUCUGUGACGUGCCUCAUGGGAAUGGCGCGAGGCUUUCUGCACUAAUUCUGUUUGUAAGCUGAAUGUACGCUUUCUAAACAUGAUCCCUCCCUAGUGUGCUGAAAGACUUGUGGUAGGUGUUGCUUUUUUUUGCCUGGAGCCUGUGCAGGGUGGUAUACAGACUGUUUCUUUGUCUUGUUGCUGUGUAUUCUUCUGUAUUUGUCUCCUUCCUGAGUGUGUCUUCUUCCUGUAUCUGUUUUCUUCCUGUAUUUGUCUUCUUCUUGCACCUGUCUCCUUCCUGUAUCGGUCUCCUUCCUGUAUUUGUGUUCUUCAUGUGUAUGUCUUCUUCUUGUACCUGUCUCAUUCCUGUAUCUGUUUUCUUCCUGUAUUUGACUUUUUCCUGUACCUGUCUUCUUCCUGUAUCUUUGCUGCUUGCUUUUGUCUUCUUCUUCUACAGUGAUAUCAGUGUGUCCUUUAUUUGUGUCUGCUUCUAACUGGACCUUAAGUGAGUAGGAUUCAGGGAAAGCAGCUGAACGCACAGUGUGUGUGUGUUUGUGUGUAUGCAGGUGAAGACACGCCCCUGUAUGUCUGCACACAGAAAGCCGAGGAGGGGCGCUGCGCGUGGACAGGAAGAGGAAGUGGACGCGGCGCGGCCGGCGGGCUCGCCGGCCCCGGGGGGGCCUCCGCUCCCGCGGCCGGGCCGGGAGGAAGAGGAGGAGGAGGAGGAGGAAGAGGAGGGGGGGGAGGCGUGCUCCCAGAGGGUGUCGGUGGCCAUGCUCGGGGGGGAGGCGCACCCGUGCCAGCUGUCCCCCGCGCCCCUCCAGCGCGCCCGGGUCUCUCUCCUCCUGUCCUGGCUGCUGGUGAUGGCUCUCACGCUGUGGUGGAUUGUGUUUAUAUGAAGGGCGGGGGAGCUAGGGCAGAAAGCCCCCCCCCCCCCCCCCCCCCCUUGGGAGGCAGAUGUGACUCAUGAAAUGUGCUGACUGUCUGUCUCAGUCUGCAGCCACAGGCUUCCUCUCCUCUUUAUCAGAAACAGCACGUGCUGUUUCUACCUGUUCCUGUUUAACCCCCCCACAUGGAUAUGCCAUCACAUUCACCCCCACACACACACAAGCACUCACACACACACAAACAGACAUAAACACACACAUGCACAAACACUCACACACACACA